GACAGUCAAGAUAACCUAGAAAUUCAAUGUGGAGGGAAACGAAUUGGUCUCGAGAUAAGAUAGCACUUCACUUUGUUUUCAUAUUUAAAAUGCGAUGAUAGUGACUUAAGUUUAGGUAAAAUUAGUUAAAAAAAUAUAUAUAUUAAAUUAGUCCUAAAAAAGAAAUGGAUAUUACAGAAGCAACCGCGAACUUAUCGUUAAAUGAGACCAGGAGGCGCGAGGACGUUAUAAGUUGGCAGGAUUAUUUCAUGGCUGUUGCCUGUUUGGCAGCACAACGAAGCAAAGAUCCUGAUACCCAAGUGGGUGCCUGCAUUGUGAAUAACGAUAACAGAAUUAUUAGCAUCGGAUACAAUGGACUGCCAAAUGGAUGUAUUGAUGAUAAAUUUACUUGGGCGAAGGAAGAUAAACUUUUUGUGUGCCAUGCUGAAAUGAAUGCCAUUGUCAACAAGAACUGCAGCGAUGUAAAGGGUUGUCACAUAUAUGUCAAUCUGUUUCCUUGCAAUGAGUGCGCGAAGAUAAUCAUCCAAUCAGGAAUCAGUAAAGUUUAUUAUUUAUCAGAUGAAAAAAACCACAAGCCGAAAUACCAAAUUUCUCAGAGGAUGUUUAGAGCCGCCAACGUUGAAUUCGAAAAGUACGAACCAACGCGUCGUAGAAUCGAGAUCAUCUUCUGAGGUAAAUGCAGUGGAAGCCCUAAAGUAUAAAUGUAUACUAUAUUUUUUAUGAUUAUUGCUUAAUAGCAAAUAAUAUUUUUAUAAUUAUAUGUAUUAAGUAUGACGAGUUUUGUAAAUGAAACGGAAAUAUAAAUAAAUUUGUAAAAUAAAAUUUUAUUACUUUAUGUACAUGAUGACGCGGGUACAGAUACUCCGAUCACGCAACUUCAAUACAAUAAAAUCAUCGUGGCGAUUUAUUAGUAACUUAAUUGAAGAUAUUUUGUGUAACAUAAACAUAAUUGACCAUUUCCACUGAAUAAAAUAUACUUAGUUUGAAUAGGUUGUUGUUGGUUGUUUAUAUUACUUACAUCUCGUUUAGAUGAACAACUAGACCAGCUAUGUUCAAGAAACAAAUCCAAUCUAAAAUAAAUGAGAAUGAUACCAAAGAACGUGUUUAUUUCAUUCAGUGGAGUAGUCUGUGAAGUUAACAUAGUUUUUCACAAUACAGCAAAAAUGUUUGUAAUUGUUACAAUUUGGAGUAUUGAAUUAUAUAAUUAUUGUCCAAACUUUACAAAUAUCUACAAAAGAAAUAAAAUGAAUUCCAACAAAAGUGUUUACAUUUGAGUCCAUGUUCACCGUCCGCACAUUAAACGCUUGCGCCGCAUGCAGUCAACAAAUUUUCAAGUCAUUAUAGACCUCAGAACUAACGAUAUUGUACAGUACAAACUUAAAGUAAGAAAUAUUUACAAGCGUGCCCUCAGGCCGAAGGGCAAACCGCGCACUUUGCCACACAACAUUAUUUUUACACAUUAAAACCAGUCAGUUAUUUGCAAUGUUAAUUAAAUCCUAAUUAUUCUGUUAAGUGAAUAUUGUUGAACACUUGAGGCCACAUUUGCUACCUUAUGUUUUAGCACGCAUUUAAUUUAAAAGUCUAUUGUCAAGUUGCAGUGGGAUAACUUGUAUUGUAAUGGAUCACAGGACUAGACAUAUCUGUUAAUAUUAAUUCGGCUUAUGACACUACGUGAAGCAACACUUGGAUAGACAUUUCAACUCAAUAUUAUAUUCUAUUAUAUAAAACAAAUACACCACCGCUGGAGACUAUUCACCAAAGCAAUAUCGUCGUUAUGAUAUAAAUGUACUGGAAAUCAAA